UAUGUAACAUCCUUUCUCGCCAGUGUAAACGGAAGUGAACAGUGUCGAAUAACAUUUUACACGUCAGCGUUUUUAUUGUUGUUAUUUAGACGUUUAUUUACCCGCACAGCAUCACAUAUGUACCCCAUGCAGUCUUUAAUUCGAGUAUCUAGGCAACACUAGCUAGCUGCUAACGUUAGUUAACAAUGGCUAACUGUAUGGUUUUUCAAACUCAAAUAGCCACCAUCAUGGAGGUGCUAGCGAAUGCAGCUGUGACAGAUAUAUGUAAACUCGUAGACGACGACUAUGCAGUGUUUCGUUUGGAAAUAACUCAAAGCCAGAAAGAAAACAGGGCAUUGCGUAGGAAACUACAGCUACUGGAACUGAAGGUGGCACGGGAGCGCGCAGAGAGGACUACGCGAGAGCGCGUUCUCGCCAGUCGUCCCAGUAGUGUCAAGAUCCUCGACCGAUACAGAGGAAUUGCAAGAGGUGAAGGACAUCUCACUGGAGGCCACAGGAGCUUUGUGAAGCCAGCGAGACACAAUACAUGGAAAGAUGAUCAACCAAUCACUGUUGAUGAGGGGAAUGGAACCUCAACCCAGCACGUUAUCGUGAUUGAGUCUGCAGAUACAGAGGCUGCAGGUCCUGGGGUGAAGCAAGAGAGGUCUGAAAGAGAUGAGGACCUACAGCACAGCAGAAACAUCCAGACUGGAGCGGCUGGAGCGUCCUAUGUAGCCACGAAGGACCUCACCACGGCCCCAGCGCAGACCAGUGCCGGCUCAGAGUAUUUACCGGUAUUUCAUCAGAGCCAGGGGACUGUUCAUUCCUGUGGAGAUGGUGAUGCAUUAGUCACUGGUGGUGAUGAUCCGUCAUGUUAUUACACUACAGAGAUGGACCCUGGCAACAUAUCCUUGGGUUUAGAGACACAGACUGAUCUGUCUAGAGGGGACUGGAACCAGUACAGUAGUAGUGUGUACUCUGAAGGGUGCCUAGAUAAGAAAGGGGAGGUUAUAGUGGUAGAUGAGGUGACUGUGAAAGUGGAGGGUGACGCUCCUCCCACAUGGAAUGCAGAUAGCCACCUAGGAGACGGACACUCACAGGGCAGAGAUUUCUUAGAUUACAGGGAAAGCUUAGAGACAAAUCCAAAUGUUGGGACACACUCCCCUUUACACAUUCUCAGGGAUCGCGACCCAGUGUCCACGUCAAUGGGGCCUUCUGAUUCACACGGCCAUGUACUUUUCAAUCCAGUAUUCAGCGCAAACGACAGGGCUAGAGCUCAGGGAGGGGGAGCCACAUCAGGCAAUAGUAAAGAGAAACGGUUCCUCUGCAUGUUCUGUAACAAAGGCUUCAGCUGCCCCCAGAAGGUGGAGAUCCACCAGAGGGUCCACACAGGGGAGAAACCCUUCAGUUGUACCCAAUGUCACAUGCGCUUUGCUGAGGCUGGCAGCCUGAAGAGGCACCAGAGGGUCCACACAGGGGAGAAACCCUACAGCUGUCCCCAGUGUGAGAAGAGGUUCUCCCACCAGCACCAUCUGAAGAGGCACUUGAAGGUCCACACGGAAUAGAGGUCGUUCGCCUGUAAGCACUGUCGGAAGAGGGUCUCGGAGAGGAGUUACCUCAGGAUACAUCAGCAGAAAAACCAUCCCACUCAAAAACAUAGAAAGUAACCAUUCCAUUCAAUGGCUUCUGACAUUUAGAUCAAACUCUGCCCUAAAGAUAGACUCAGCGAGAUGACAGAGAUCAAUUUCCACACCAACAAGGCCAAGACAUUUUGGGAUAUAUAGUUCUUAAUUAACCUACACAGUACAAACGUGGUGGUUACAGUUUUGUCCCAUGCUGCAACUCACGUACGGACUCGGGAAAGGCGAAGGUGGAGAGCCGUGCAUCCUCAGAAACACAACCCAACCAAGCCGCACUGCUUCUUGACUCAAUGCCGGCUUAACCCGGAAGGCAGCCGUACCUAUGUGUCAGAGGAAACACCGUACACCUGGUGACCAUUUCAGUGUGCAUUUGCGCCCGGCACGCCACAGGAGUUGCUAGUGCGCGAUGGGACAAGAACGUCCCUGCCGGCCAAACCCUCCCCUAACCCGGAAGACGCUGGGCUAAUUGUGCGCCGCCCCAUGGGUCUCCCGGUCGUGGUCAGCUGCGACAGAGCCUGGACUCGAACCAGGAUCUCUAGUGGCACAGCUAGCAAUGCCUUAGACCACUGCGCCACUCGGGAGGCCAUCAAACGCUUUUAAUGAGAAAAUGAAUGCAGUUCAUCAAGUUCAUGCAGAUUUGUAGUUGAGACGUGUAUAUGUGGUUUUCAUAUGGUGUAUUUAAAACGUGUUUAUGUUUAAUAAACAGAAAAUGGGACUUUU